CAGAGUUGCAGCAAUGACAAACCCGGGUCAAAGGAGAAAUUAGAGGCAGAACCAGCAGGGGUUGGACUGCAAAGGCUGGAAUCAGCGUGUUGAAGAUUUUACCAACAGACGGCAAAAGAAAGAAGAACUCCACUGCCUCAUUUGAGGAUUUUGCCCCUGUCAUGGGCCACCUUCUGACCCUGACUCUCCCUUACCUGGCCUACCUGCUGGCCACUGCGAUCAGCUUAGAGCGUCGCCAGCACCACGUUCAGCACGGUCCCUGUAGCUACACCUUUAUCCUCCCUGAGGUCGAACACUGCCGGUCCCUGAAGGACUUCCAGGUCACCAACACCCUCCAGAGGGACUCUCCGCUCCAGGAUGAAAUUGAUGUGAGCCAACCUAAGCAGGGUAAGGCCCAAAAUGAGAGGCCUUCCUGGCAGGAAAAGAAACUGGAGAGCCUAGAGAGUGCCAUGGAGAAUAACACCCUGUGGUUGCAGAAGCUGGAGAACUUUAUCCAAGAAAAUGUGCGUUCUGGGAUGGAAGAAAUAAAGAGGACUGCUGUACACACCCAGACGGCUGCCAUGUUGGAGAUGGGAACCAACCUCCUGAGUCAAUCAGCAGAGCAGACGCGCAAACUGACAGACGUCGAGACACAGGUGUUGAACCAGACGAGUCGCCUCGAGAUCCAGCUGCUUGAAUAUUCUCUCUUCACUAACCGUCUGGAGAAACAUAUUCUCCUGCAGACUCAGGAGAUCUCACGUCUCAGUGAUCAAAACAGUUUUCUGGAAGAGAGGCUUGUGGCGUUGGAGGCGCGCUACAGUAGGGAGCUGCUGGGUCUGCAGAAUGAGAAGCAGCAGCUUCAGGAGGUUCUGGAGAGACAGAGUCACCGGGUCAGUCAACUCCAGGGUGAACUCGGCAGCUCAUCACAGAACAGCACCUUAAUACAGAGACAGCAAGAGGUGCUUUCAGAUACGGUGCAGCAGCUAGUGGCUAUGGUCAACCACUGUAAAGAAAUCUCCAACACGCCCAAAGAAGAGCCCCUUACUUUCAGAGAUUGUGCUGAGAUCCUGCGAUCAGGAGUGACAGAGAGCGGAAUAUACAGCAUACGUCUUCCCAACUCCUCCCAGACUGCCAAGGUUUUCUGUGAUAUGAAGACCAGAGGCGGGGGGUGGACGGUGCUGCAGCAUCGGAGAAACGGGUCUGUAGACUUCCAUCGUGGGUGGAGGGACUACAAAGCGGGCUUUGGGGAGCUGUCUGGGGAGCACUGGUUGGGGAAUGAUAUCAUCCAUACACUGACCAGCUCCCGGGAAUACAGUCUGCACAUCCAGCUAAAAGACAGAGACGGCAGCGAAGCCUUUUCACACUAUGACCGCUUCUACAUAGACGGAGAAGAGAACAACUACAGGUGUGGUCACAUGCUGGAGAACUUUAUCCAAGAAAAUGUGCGUUCUGGGAUGGAAGAAAUAAAGAGGACUGCUGUACACACCCAGACGGCUGCCAUGUUGGAGAUGGGAACCAACCUCCUGAGUCAAUCAGCAGAGCAGACGCGCAAACUGACAGACGUCGAGACACAGGUGUUGAACCAGACGAGUCGCCUCGAGAUCCAGCUGCUUGAAUAUUCUCUCUUCACUAACCGUCUGGAGAAACAUAUUCUCCUGCAGACUCAGGAGAUCUCACGUCUCAGUGAUCAAAACAGUUUUCUGGAAGAGAGGCUUGUGGCGUUGGAGGCGCGCUACAGUAGAGAGCUGCGGGGUCUGCAGAAUGAGAAGCAGCAGCUUCAGGAGGUUCUGGAGAGACAGAGUCACCGGGUCAGUCAACUCCAGGGUGAACUCGGCAGCUCAUCACAGAACAGCACCUUAAUACAGAGACAGCAAGAGGUGCUUUCAGAUACGGUGCAGCAGCUAGUGGCUAUGGUCAACCACUGUAAAGAAAUCUCCAACACGCCCAAAGAAGAGCCCCUUACUUUCAGAGAUUGUGCUGAGAUCCUGCGAUCAGGAGUGACAGAGAGCGGAAUAUACAGCAUACGUCUUCCCAACUCCUCCCAGACUGCCAAGGUUUUCUGUGAUAUGAAGACCAGAGGCGGGGGGUGGACGGUGCUGCAGCAUCGGAGAAACGGGUCUGUAGACUUCCAUCGUGGGUGGAGGGACUACAAAGCGGGCUUUGGGGAGCUGUCUGGGGAGCACUGGUUGGGGAAUGAUAUCAUCCAUACACUGACCAGCUCCCGGGAAUACAGUCUGCACAUCCAGCUAAAAGACAGAGACGGCAGCGAAGCCUUUUCACACUAUGACCGCUUCUACAUAGACGGAGAAGAGAACAACUACAGCCUUCAUGUUGAGGGCUUCAGUGGCACAGCCGGACGGACCACUAGCCUCACCCACCUCGGCACUGAGUUCAGCACCAAGGACAGAGACAACGACCGCUGCACCUGCAAGUGUGCACAGAUCGCCUCUGGAGGUUGGUGGUUUGAGGCUUGCGGCCCAUCCAACCUAAAUGGAGUGUACUAUCCUGGCUCAUCCAAUGUGAUCCAUUACAAUGGCAUUAAAUGGUACUACUGGAAGGGUCCAAAUCUGAUGGCUACCAUGACAACCAUGAUGGUGCGUCCAGCAAACUUUUGAUGACAUGAUGUUU